GAAGCCCGUGGCCCUGCAGGCUGGUGCUCAUGGGUCCUGCGUGAGCAGGGACGGGGCGGGACGGAGAGCUGGCAAGGACGAGAAGUUUGCCUUCACAUCCCUGCAGGAGCCUCUAGAAGAAGAGUGUCCUGCCCUUCACCUUAAAGGAGAUUUGAUUUACAAAAUACAGGAAGGCAAUCCUCCCAUAAAUCCCAUAAAUCCCAGCUCCUUUCUGGGGUUCCCAGAGCACUGGUGUGUGGGUGCUGCUCCGGGUAUGUUGUCAGGAGCUGCCCAGGAGGGCUCGGGGCAGUCUGGGAGGGAGGCAGGGAGGGCCUGAGAAGGGAAGGACUCAGAGCACCCCAAGAGGGAGGGGUAGCCUGGGAGGGCAGAGGGCACCCCAGGAGAGAGGGGGGAGGCCCAGGAGGGGCCGGGGCACCCCACGGGGGAGAGGGGAGGCCCCGGAAGGGGCCGGACCCCCCGCAGGCGGGAGAGGGAGAAGCCUGGGAGAACUCGGGGCUCCGCAGGAGGGAGAGGGCGGCCCCAGCCAGGCCGGAGGGGCGGGGCCGGGCGUGCACGCAGGCGCAUGCGCCGCGCUGUCUUCCCCCCGCUCCUCCCCUCCCACCGCCUUCGUGUUUCCGGCCGCUCCUUUCUGCAUCCGGGGCACGAACACUCUCCGUUGGGGCUCGGGCGGCGGCCCCCGACCGGAACCGGAAGUCGAUCCCGAGCCCGGCGGGGUAGCCGGCGUCCGACCCGUCAGCGGCGUGUGGCGGUCCCCAGGGGCGGCGGCCGCGCUGCUCCCUGCGACCCGGUCCGGCGGGCGGGCGGGCGGCCCGAGGGCGCGGCACCAUGAAGCUGUACAGCCUCAGCGUCCUGUACAAAGGCAAGCCCAAGGCGGUGCUGCUCAAAGCCGCGUACGACGUGUCCUCAUUCAGCUUCUUCCAGAGGUCCAGCUCUGAUGGUGCAAGAGGGUGUGUGCUGAAGAUUUGGAAGGAAGCAUGGGACGUGUAGGGCUUACAAGCGUCUUCAGUAUUUCUGGACACCUUAAUUGCAAGGAGCGUUCAGGAAUUCAUGACCUUCACAAGUCAGCUGAUUGUGGAGCGCUCCGCGAAAGGCAGCAGAGCUUCCGUCAAAGAACAAGAAUAUCUGUGCCACGUCUACGUGCGAAACGACAGUCUCGCGGGAGUGGUCAUUGCUGACAGCGAGUACCCAUCCCGGGUAGCCUUUACCUUGUUGGAGAAGGUACUGGACGAAUUCUCCAAGCACGUGGACAGGAUAGAGUGGCCAGUCGGAUCCCCUGCUACCAUCAACUACACGGCCCUAGAUGGCCACCUGAGUCGGUACCAGAACCCCCGAGAAGCUGACCCCAUGACUAAAGUGCAGGCUGAGCUGGAUGAGACCAAAAUCAUUCUGCACAACACCAUGGAGUCCCUGCUGGAGCGAGGGGAGAGGCUAGACGACCUGGUGUCCAAGUCCGAAGUGCUGGGAACACAGUCCAAAGCCUUCUAUAAGACAGCCCGGAAACAGAAUUCGUGCUGCACUAUCAUGUGAUGGCAGCCCGCGGAGGCCCCCGUGUCGAGAUGGCCCGGACACCGGCAUCAGACCCGCAGCCCCUGGAGAAGCAGAGCCGCCAUGGAGAGACCCACGUGGGGACAUAUUUUCACUUGGGAGCUCCUGGCAGGAACUGAGGGGUCGUGGAAGGGCCCGGGGCUGGGGAGCAUUCAAACUUACGUGUCCGGUGAUUUUUGAAAAGCUCGUUUGAGGCCCCCAAAGGUGUAUUCUUGGGCCAGAUGAAACUAUAAACUCUGAGUGACUCAUAGACGCUGAAGGGGCUCGUCUCUAACCCCUGGGAAACCUGUGGGCCCGCGACUUGUGCGAGGCCCCCGGGGAAGUCGGAGCCAGGCUUGUUGGUCCUCGGUCCGCCUUGGGGUGGUGUUUGUGCGCUGACCGUAUUAACACUCUAGUAAAGCCAGGGUGAGCCCCGAUCACAGGACGGAGGGGGCGGAGCGGGGGAUGGACCUACGGCGGGCACAAUCGCGGGGGAUGAGCAGGCCAAGGCCCGCGCUGGGACGAGCCAGGCGCACAGAUGCACUUGUGCUGGACUGACUGCUUGCCGAGGGCGUGGCUCAUCCACAGGACACAGAUGCCUGUGGGGUGGGGGAUGUCGGCCCUGCCUCACAGCUUAGUUUUGCCUUCCGGGUCACAGCAGCGGAUAUUGUCUCUCUCAGCCCGUGUUCACCUGCCUCUCUGGCAACAAGACUGUGUUAGCGACCACCUGGGGCCUGCGUGCCUUAGCAAGUGGCCUUUGCCGUGGCCACCGUUCCUGGCCACCAAGACCAGGUGCCAGCCAUCCUGAGGACUCCCAGUGCCCCACGUGUGGCCUGAUCUCCGCAGGAGCACUGCUGAGAGCGCCCCCCCCCCCCCCCAGCAGCACGAGCCCCAGCCCUGAGCCCUGCCCACUCCCUCAGGCCCCACUGCCAUGGUCCAGACUGCCUUCCCUCAUCUUGCAACGCUUCCUGAGGAUGUGAGCCUGUGAUGCACUCUUGGGACCUGGUCCCUUCAGAAGCCCCUGCUGGGGCUGUGUCAGACAGGGUCUCGUCCUCUGGGGUCCUUCCCUGAGCAUGCUGGUUCUUGCCCUACCCAAGAGGUCCCGUUGUCCUGACACAAAGUGCCGGGCCCUGAAUUCCCUUGUUUGGACCAGAAGGUGGCACCUUCGUGGCUUUGGAGGACCCCUGCGCCCCACCCCAGCAGGUUUACCCACCGGCUAUCCUGCUCUGGGCACUGUGCUGGCCAAAGGAGUUGGCCUACUCCUAAAAUAGCCUGCCCGAGGGACCCCCCUGGAACGCGCAGGCCCAGUCUGCUCACUGGUGCCCAGGGGGCUGUGACCUCCCCUUAGGAAGGACCGUGGUGUCUGACUCCAACUUUGGAGGUCGCUGGGGCAGAGCUGCAGGGAGGGCCAUGGGGGGGGGUGGGGGGCUGGCUCAGGCCCAAACCAGCGUUUCCCCAGCUCCUGCGGUCCCACGUGGAAGCCUUUGGCAAAGAGUGUAUUUUAGUAACUGCUGCCUAACUUCUCUGUUCUAUCUGAAAGAUUCUUAUCUGGAUAAAGUUGUCUUUUGAAAUUCCAAAA